ACAAAAAAACACUUCUAUGCUAAUUAAACCAUCCACUUUCAUAUCGGAGAGAUAGGGAGAGAGAGAGAGAGAGAGAGAGAUCAACCUAAGCUAAUGGAACAUCCUCUGUCAUUCAUCAUCUUCAACCUUCUGAUCCUCAUCAUCCUCUUCACACCCCAGCUCACCAUAGCCCCAUACCCUGCAUGCCAAAGCACCUGCGGCUCCCUAAAGGUCAAGUACCCUUUCGGCACUGGCUACGGCUGCGGCUCGCCACGGUUCCAGCCCUACGUAACCUGCAACCCCGACGGCGACGGCGGAGACCAGCUCCUCCUAUCCACCCACACAGGCUCGUACCCCAUCACAUCCCUAUCCUACACCACUUCCACCCUAACCAUCAUCCCCUCUGACAUGUCAACAUGCACAUCCAUGCACCGCUGCUCCGCCGUCUUAGGCCUGGACUGGGCCAGCCCUUUCCAGCUCGGCCCAUCAACUUUCAUCCUCAUCUCAUGCACUCUCCCAACAUCGUCCCUCACCCUAUGCGACCCUUCCUACUCUCACCUCUGCGCCUCGCUCUACACGUGCCCUGCCGUCGUCUCCGUUGGCAUGCCGUUGUUUCCGCCCACAAACACGUGCUGCGUGUACUCUCCGGCGAAUCUAAACGGCAAGGGAGAAUUGGAUUUGCGCGCACUGGACUGCGGUGGGUACACUUCGGUGGUGUCGAUGGGGGAGUACCCUACCGAUCCGUCGCAGUGGGAGUAUGGGGUGGCCUUGAAGUACGUCAAUGGAGUGUUGGAUAAUAACAUCAUUGAAACCAAGUGUAAAGCAUGCGAGAUGAGUGGCGGGGUGUGCGGGUACGCGCCGCCCAGUGAUUCGUUUGUCUGCGUCUGUAAAAAUGGAUUGAAUGCAAGUAUGGAUUGCUACAAUAGCUACGUUCAAGAUCAGGGGGUCUUUUGGGGCACCGCUUCUUCGCCAACAGGGGAAAUUUGGUUUGGGCUUUUGGGAGGCCUCAUUUUCUGCUUGCUUACUUGAGAGGGAGGCUCGACCUGUUCAUCCUUUCCGUAUGCGCGCGAAAGUGGUAAAAAAGAAGAGAGGAAUAAAUUAAUGGAGGUUACGUCCGUACGCACAAGCAUCUGCUUCUCCUUUGAGCAUGAACGUGACACCAUGCAUCCACGUGCCAAACCUUAUCUUACUUGCUAAGCAUAUAAGUAUUGGUCCGCGUCAUGCGUACGAUGUUAAUUAUUAAAUAAUUAAAUUUGAUUAUAAUUUAUGUGAUAGUAUUAUAUAGAUUGUCGUGUCAAUUUUUAAA